AUGACAACCCAAACAACAACUAAACUUCCUUCCCAUGCCCUUAACUCGAACCCCAACCACGACUCUUCUUCUUCUUCAGACCCCCUCACCCAAGCAACCUCCCUACUCACCCCUGCCCUCCACCUGCUCGAGCGCUUCCACCACCGCAACAAGAACCAGCAUCGCACCUCCAAAUGGUGGGCUCAAGCCGACAUGCUGCGCCGGCAUGUCCGCAAGAUGCUCGACGAUUUGGAUCAAGCAGCGGAGGAGCGGGAGCAGCAGAAGAAAAGGAGGGAACGGGAGGAGAGGAGGAGGUUGAAGAAGGGGACGUCGUCCACGGAUAAAGGGGAACAAGAGGGGGAAGGGAAGGCGAUGGGGAUGGUGAGGAAACGGGCGGGGUAUUUGAGGGGGGGGUUGGGACCGGGGGCAUUUGUGGCGUUUACACAGCUUACGGCGGACAGGCAGUUUGCGCAUUUGGGGUUGAUGAUGCUGGGUGUAUUGGCGCAAGUGAACAAGGCUGUGGAGCCUUUCGCGCCAGGGCCGUCGUCUGUGGAAGAGUAUUCUACAGGGCAGGCUGUUGGGACGGUCGAGGCGGCACCGUUGAUUAACCAGGGGGUUGGGCAUGUGCUAGGCGGGGAUGAGCUCGGCACAGCUGUCUCGAGGGAACAGCUUGAGAUGGAGUGGGAAGGGUUAGGACAGGAGCAAGGUGUGGAUAUGGGUGAAGUUGUGUCGAGAGAGGAGGUCGAGAGGAUGGUUGCUUCUGUUGAGGUUGGUGGGUCUGCGACAUCAAAGCCGAUAUCCCAAGCUCCUGGAGACGACCCCGACGAGAAGCCUGCACAAACAGCUUCGAAAGACAUAAAGAAGGUCAACCCAAAUAAGCGCAAAGCCCUCCCGCUCCUCUCUCCCUCUACAGGCACAACAUCAGCCGAACCCGAAGCAAAUCCCCCAGAGCCAAAGGAAAAGCCAGCCGCUUCUGGAGGCGACGAAUUCGACUCCAUCUUCGGCUCGCUCGAAAGAAAAGAGAAUAAGAAGAAGAAGGAGAAACCACUUUCCAAACUGGGGACUGGGGACGAGUUUGACAGUAUCUCUAGUGGGCUGGAAAAGAAGAAAAAGGACAAGCCGAUACUCAAUGCUGGAGGUAAUGAUGAGUUCGAUAACAUCUUUGAAGGACUUGGGAAGAAGAAAGCGAAGCUAGUCACCGUACAUGGAGCAGGGGAUGAGUUUGAUGACAUCUUUGGUGGGCUGGAGAAGAAGAAAAAGAAGAAUGUCGAGUCGUCGUCCAAACUGGGAGGGCUGGACAAGGGUAAAAUCAAGAAGAAAAAGAAGAAAGACGAGUUUGACGAUAUUUUCGGAGGGCUUUUGUAA